GCAGGGUUCACCUGGGCAAACAGGACCAUCAGGAUCUAAAGGAGACAAAGGUUAUCAAGGUGUUAUGGGAAGGACUGGGCGGACAGGAUAUCGGGGCCCUGUUGGUCCUCCUGGGAUGCCUGCCAUUGUUGUGUUCAAAACCUCUGAAGAAGAGUGGGAAAUUUUUAAGAAAAAGAAGAUCUACAAAAAGCUGGUUUCUUCUUGGCCGAAACGUAAGGGGAAACCUGGGCCUCCUGGACCCCUCGGAGAUGAUGGACCAAUUGGACCACCUGGAAUUACUGGGAAGCAAGGACGAAAAGGGGUCCAAGGGAAAACCGGCAGUCCUGGACCACAGGGUAUCCCAGGUCCCGAAGGGAGACCUGGAGGAGAUGGGACACCAGGACAGAACUCAGAUCCAGGCCAUCCAGGCUUUCCAGGAGAACAGGGCCCCAAAGGAUACAGAGGAGAGAAGGGCAGCAAAGGGGAGCUGGGUGAGUGGGGUUAUCAAGGGGAGUCUGGGCCACAGGGAAACAGAGGACAAAAAGGAGACACGGGAAACAAAGGCGUCAAUGGAGUAGUUGGUGUCCAUGGCUAUAUAGGAAUACCUGGAGCAAGAGGUCCUUCUGGUUUUCCAGGACCUCCAGGAUCUCUGGGGGAGAUUGGAGCUCUGGGCUUUGGUGGACCACCAGGCCCUCCUGGGAAAAUGGGCCCCAUUGGACUAAAAGGUGUCUUAGGAGUUAGAGGACCUCCGGGACAUCAAGGUGAACAUGGUGCUAGAGGAGCUGCAGGACCAUUGGGAGAGCCUGGACCUAAUGGAUUGGUGGGGUUUCCAGGGGUCCGCGGCCCUCAGGGAAACCCAGGACCAGGUGGACCUGCAGGUCCCAAAGGUGACCCUGGUGCUCCAGGAGAUGAAGGGGAAAUAGGGGAACCUGGACCACCUGGACUUAAUGCAGCCAAUGGGAAUCCAGGAAAGUCUGGACCCUCAGGUGACCCAGGAGCUAAAGCAAAGCGUGGCGAGAAAGGCGAUUUAGGCUUUAAAGGAGACCUGGGACCACCAGGGCCUCAAGGUAAAAAAGGACAUAAGGGGCGCCGAGGUCCAUUGGGACUUGAGGGACAUGGAGGACCACCGGGGCCAUCAGGACCUCUUGGACCCAGUGGGCUUGAUGGCAUCAUGGGGGAGCAAGGGAAGCAAGGAAAAGAUGGGCUCAAGGGUGAUAGAGGGCCAAACGGUGUAAAAGGAGUUCCUGGACCUCGAGGCGAGAGGGGUCGAGAAGGCCGAGCUGGAUUUUCUGGAUUGCCAGGUCCUUUAGGAGAAAUGGGAAAAUCUGGAGAGAGGGGACAUGAAGGAGAACCUGGUAUUAAGGGGAUACCUGGAGUUGUUGGGGUGACUGGACCCAAAGGCCUGAAGGGAUUUAAAGGUCUUUUAGGCAACAGAGGACAGGAUGGGCCUCCUGGAGCCCGGGGACUUAAUGGUGAAAAUGGAAUGAAUGGGGAUACUGGACCUUCAGGACUGAAUGGCUUGCCCGGAAAGACCGGAGCUUCUGGUCUCCAAGGACCUGUGGGAAAUAAUGGAGAAGCUGGCAGCAGAGGAAUAAAGGGUUCAAUAGCAAAGCCAGGAGAGAGAGGAGUUAAAGGUCAAAAAGGCCCAGGUGGCUUUCCGGGAAGUGAAGGCUUAAAGGGUAAGAGAGGUGAGGAGGGACCAAGGGGGAAACAAGGCGGCCAAGGUGAGAGAGGCAUACCUGGUCCUCAGGGAUACAGAGGGUCUACUGGUGUCCAUGGUAACAUUGGACCAUGGGGUGAGGUUGGUCCCCGUGGCCCUCCAGGUGACGAGGGGCAAGUAGGACCAGUUGGCCCCCUUGGAGUUACUGGUUACCCAGGUAAAGAUGGACCUCAAGGAUCAGUUGGACCAGCAGGUGUCAAAGGAGAGAAGGGACUGAGGGGAGUUUUGGGUCAAGAGGGAGCUGCUGGUCUCGAUGGUGAGGAGGGUCCAGUUGGACUGAGGGGACCUGGUGGUCCAUCUGGACUUAAAGGCAAAUCUGGGGACAAGGGGAACACUGGUCCUCCUGGACAUAGAGGGCCAAAGGGGACUGAGGGCAACAGAGGCAGCCAAGGGCCAAUGAACACAAAGGGUCCUCCAGGGAAACCGGGGUACAGGGGUGCACCAGGGGACAGAGGAAAACAAGGUGUUCUAGGGCUUAAGGGUGAGCACGGCUCCAGAGGUCUAUCAGGUGUACGUGGACGAUUUGGACAAGUGGGCAAAACUGGGGCAGCAGGGGUUAAAGGCCAGAAGGGACUUCAUGGACAAACUGGUCCCCCUGGCAGUAUGGGUCCUCCUGGACAAAUUGGACCUCCAACACCAAGUUUUCCAGGCAACAUAGGGGUUGAUGGUCAAGCUGGAACCCCUGGACCAAAGGGUAGUCAUGGUGGGAAGGGAAAGCUUGGUCUUCCUGGCAUCAGAGGAAACAUGGGAAUCAAAGGUGAAAUGGGUGGAAAAGGAGAGCCUGGGGCAGGAGGAACAUUGGGGGCAGUGGGAAAGAUGGGCCCCACUGGCAAAGGGGUCAAAGGUUCUGCUGGACCUGCUGGUCCUCCAGGUCUUCCAGGAGUUAUAGGAAGUCAGGGGUCAAAGGGAAAAAGUGCCCUGCCUGGAAGGAAAGGAAACAAAGGAGCGUGGGGAAUUACUGGAACAGAAGGCCUGCCGGGUAAACCAGGACCUGCUGGAGGACCUGGCAAACCCGGACUAAGUGGUUUGGAUGGGUUACUGGGUGUUGAGGGUAAUGAAGGAGACCCGGGUGACACUGGUUUCAGAGGAGCUCUUGGAACACCAGGAAUACCUGGAAAAAUGGGUACACUUGGAUCUCCUGGGAUCAGAGGGAACACAGGGUCACCAGGUUUUAAGGGUAAAACUGGACCCAAAGGAAAACAAGGGCCGCCCAAACCAAUGGGGCCUAAGGGUAUUCCAGGACUGAGAGGAGAGAAAGGCAAGUCUGGAACUACUGGUACAAAGGGUCUUACAGGUGACACAGGAAAACUGGGAACAAUCGGACCACCUGGGCUAAAGGGGAAUCCUAGUUUACAAGGGCUGAAAGGUCAGAGAGGUCCUAAAGGAAAGCAGGGGGAUACUGGUCCUCGUGGUCCACAGGGGCAGAAAGGCUUCAUUGGACUUCCUGGCCAGGCUGGAAAGAAGGGGAUGAAAGGUGUUCAAGGCAGGAGAGGACCAAAGGGAGUAAAAGGAGAGCUUGGACCUCCAGGAAAACCUGGUGCACCAGGUAAGCGCAGGCCCACACAGAGGCUGGGAUCUAAACCAGAGCCGAAAUCAGGUCGAAGAAACAAGUUGAGACCUAAAACAAGGCCAAGUUCAAGAUCUGAUCUGAAAAACAUGCCUACAACCACACCAACACGCAGCUCCCAGAAACAAAGCAAAGGACAACACAAACGGCCCAGGAGAUGGUCUGAAGGAGACGACUCUGAGGAGUUGUUCAGCUGGCCUCAGGGAACCAAAGAUGACCCUGCCACUUCCUGCUACGAGCUGGGACUCAUACACCCACAUCUGCCUGAUGGUUACUUUUACAUGGACCCCAACCAAGGCUGUCCCUACGAUGCUGUGAGGGUUUUCUGUAACUUCACUGCUGGAGGAUCAACCUGCAUUGAGCCUUUACAGUCUCAGAUUAAAUUAAGUUGGGAGCCAGAAAUGAAGUCAUCGGAAACACCUGUCAAAUGGAAUAGUCAGCAUUAUGGUGGAAACAAGUUUGAGUAUGCUGGCCUGGAUGUCGUCCAGCUGAGGUUUCUUCGGUUGCACAGCCUCAAAUCUUUUCAGCGCAUGACUAUCAGCUGCACAGGAAACUCCACCUUGCCUGGCGCAUGUAAUUUGUACAAUAGGAGUAUUCACCUUCUGGGAGACUCUGGCAAAGAAAUAUUAUCACACCUUACCACUGUGUUCAGGAAAGGCUGUGAGUGGGAGAUGGUUAUGACGGUUCGGGGGAGCACAGAGCUACAUCGAGGUGAUAUGGAGUUACUUCCUGUCAGGAAUCUGGGUUUAGACACAAGGUCACUAUCAUCACUCAUCCCUGAGAUCACCUUUUCUUUGGGACCUCUUUGCUUCUUGUGACCCAUGAGGGGGGUGUGUGUUUAUGUGUGUGUGUGUGCCUGAAACCCUGUAAAUAUCUGUUUCAUAUAAAUGAAGUUUGGAUAUAUGGUAUGUUUUUUUAUUUAUUGAAUUGUUCUUUUCCCUGAGUGAAUUGUUGUAUUUCAUCAUAUUGAGUAUUAUA